UGCAAGUCGGUGCAUGAUUCGCUGCAGUUCUGAACCGCCGGCCGCGGCCGACCAAUCACAGUGGCCGGAGCGGAGCCUGGAUGGCGCUGGAGUUGUAUGAGAAGCAUGCCCAUUCAUAAAUUCAUAUUUAGUGCCCAGUCAAGUUUUAAACAGUUUUAACCGUAGUAAAAUGGCCAGUGGGACUGUACGGCGUCUGCGCCUCAAAACGGUUCUCAUUGACCUGAGUGGAACGUUACACAUAGAAGAAACUGCCAUUCCAGGGGCACAAGAUGCCUUGCGUAGGUUACAAGAUGCGAAUCUCCAAAUUAAGUUUGUGACUAAUACCACUAAAGAAUCCAAAAGACGUCUCUUCAAUCGUCUCGCCGGUCUUGGUUUCCCAGUGAAACAAGACGACUUCUUCACCUCACUCUCCGCCGCUCACGACUUUGUUAAAAAGUCUCAGCUGAAGCCUAUGCUUAUCAUUGACGAUGCAGCAAUGGAAGAUUUUGAAGAUGUCAGACCUGCAGAGGGUGCUGAACUUGACUCUGUUGUCAUAGGCCUUGCUCCAGAACUUUUCAACUACGAAAAGCUCACUGAAGCCUUCAGGGUGCUGCUGAACCCCGGCGCCAAGCUCGUCGCCAUCCACCAGGCCCGGUACUUCGCGCGCAAGGACGGCAUGUGCCUGGGGCCCGGCGCCUUCGUCAAGGGCCUGGAGUACUCCGCCGGCGUGCAGGCCCACACCGUCGGCAAGCCCUCGGCCGCCUUCUACCGCGCCGCGCUGGACGGCGUCGACCCGGAGGCCGCCGUCAUGAUCGGAGACGACGUCCAGGACGACGUGGCCGGCGCGCAGGCCCUGGGCAUGCGGGGCAUCCUGGUGCGCACCGGCAAGUACCGGCCGGGCGACGAGCUCAAGAUAGACCCGCCGCCCGCCAACGUGUGCGACGGCUUCCCUCAGGCCGUCGACGCCAUCCUCCAGGAACUGCAGGAACUGCCCGUCAGCUGAAUCUCGCCGCCACCAGUAUUUGAUGAGAAUAAAUGUAUGAUGUGUCCCUCGAGACUGAAAGCACGA